AUGGCCUCAAAACGCCAUAGGGUGGAGGAUGACAACGAGGAUAUCGCUUACCUGAAUCUGAGUCUGAUACAGUGAGUGAGAAAAGAGUUGACGUUGUUUUAGACGUUUAGUGUCUUCCUGGUCAACUACUCGAUAUUUUUUGGGUUUACUUUACUCGCGAUUGGCAUACCAGUGCCGGAAGAGAGGAAUCCAUUUGAGAAAUUCGAACCAAAGAGACUGUUUUAUCAGUACGGAAAAGAACAUGCAUUUUGUUAUGUAUGUUAGGCGUAAUAUUUGAAUCAGACCGUCGGGAAAAUAAUGAGCAUUCUUUUGUAUCGCAAAACAUCGGAAAACCACACAGAACAUUUUUUUUUGUGUCAAAGUUUCAACCGAUGGGCGAAGCGUCGAAACGAGCCGGGAAAACACUUCGGAUGGGUUUUACUAUAUAUAGUAUAUCAGUCCGUCGGGAAAAUAAUGAGCAUUCAGUCGCAUCGAAAAUCGCAUCACCGCCGAGAAAAACUAAUUGUCUUCGGCGUCGCGACAAAAUAAACUUCUUUCACUUCAGCGACCCGAUUGACGCACCGACAUUGCGCUCAUUCUUUUCCCGACAGAUUGAUAUUUAGUCUUUUCAUAAAAUUCAUGGACCUUUUUUCGAACCCCGGACAUGCACCGUGCAUUCCACCUUCAUUUUUUUUUAUUCUCGCCAGGGAUGCUUUUUCUGACUGCAGCUGGAAUUUAGUGCGCGGCCGUGACGAGGCGAGACAUUUUGCUGCGAUAAAUCCACAUUAUUUUCCCGACAAACUGUUUAGACGCCCCUUAGGACGUCACUGAACGCAGUGUAAUAGCCUGUCGGGAAAAUAAUGAGCACAAUGUCGCUGCUCCGAUCGCGUUGCUGAAGCGAGAAGACAUUUGACUUUGCCGCUACACAAUUCAUUUGUGAUGCGACCUUCGAUGCGACAGAGUGCUCAUUAUUUUUCCGACAGAUUAACAUACACGCAGACGUCGCUUACUGUUCAUUUAGAAUACGGACGCCCAUAUUCCAUCGGAAUACAUUUCCAUCUUUCGACGGGCCGUUCUUUACGUCUGGAACAACGUCUCGUUCCGCUUGGCAUGCUGUCUAAGUAUGCCGUACCGGAUGGCCAUCAAUCUUAUUAUUUUGUGAGUACUAACAUGUAAAUUUUUAAAGGUGUUUUCCUUUCCUUAGCCAUGACCUGCAACUUAAUCUGCGGCCCGAAAACCUCAGCUAUCGCAUCCUGAAUUUGCUGGCGUUGUUGCUUUCUACUGUCGAUGUAAUGGCAUUGACGUUGGUUGCAAUCAUUCAUAUCAUCUUGGAUAUGCCCAGUAAGUCUGCGAAGUCGUGGCGUUAUGAUUUUGUGGACGCCAGACCACUUUACUAUAUAGCUAUCAGUCUGUCGGGAAGAUAAUGAGCACUCUGUCGCGACGAAAAUCGCAUCCCCGUCGAGAAAAUGAAUUGUGUCAUGGUAACACCUAUUAUUUCACUUCAACGGCGCGAUAUCGAGCUCAUUAUUUGUCUGUCGAGAAAAUAAUGUGGAUUUGUCGCGGCCUGAAAUCGCUCAUCAUGACUUUGCGGCGGCUAGCGGAGCUGGCGAUUUGGCGCGCGUCUGCGACAAAGCGAGAUACUUUGCUGCGACAACUCCACAUUAUUUUCCCGACAGGCAGAUAAAACGCCUCUUAGAUCGUCAUAGAAUUGUUGUAAUGGUCUCUAGGGAAAAUGAGAGCACUCUGUCCAAUAUUUUCCCGACAAACUGAUAUUUUUUAUCAUCACUCACGUUGACACUCACAUGAAAAAGAUCCUUUCAGAAGCUUACGAAGUCGCAUUCACCACGUGGAUCAUAACUGCUGCGGCAGCGAUCGCACUGAACGGUCUCUUGGGAACCUUUAGGACCAUUGAAAAUCACUGCGACCGAAUAAUAUUUUACCUCAAAGCAAUUUCUACUAUCUUUUUUCUGUGGCAGGCCCCAUUUCUCUACAAUUUUCACGCAGCUUUUAUGCGAUUUCCUUCAUGUCAUUCGUUUGUGAGCUUUGAUGCCGCCUUCGCCGAAUAUGCAGUUCUCGGGGCGUAUUUCACUAGCGAGUUGAUCAAAGUCUAUGAGAUGAAGGACAAUCGGAUGAUGAUGUAUCCAAGAACAAGCUCCGGAGAGUGCUGUCCGUUAGAGCCGAAGAACUUUGAAGGCGGGAAAUUUAGUGGAAUCGACAAUGACUCUUGUUGA